UUGAAUCAAUCAAGCAGUUUCAACAAACCUCAAUCAAAAUGUUCAAAUACGUUGUUGCCUUCUUCGCCGUCUUGGCUGUUGCCUUUGCCGCCGCUAAACCCGGUGUCGUAGCUCCUCUGGCUUACACCGCCGGCUACUCUGCUGGUUAUGUUGCCCCAGCUGCCUACAGCGCCCACUACACUGCUCCAGUCGCCGCCGCUUAUGCCGCCCCAGCUUAUGCUGGUUAUGCUGCCCCAGCUUACCAUGGUGCUGCCUAUGCUGCCCCAAUCGCUUACUCCAACUACGUUUAUUAAAUUAUUUGAUUUAUUUUAAUUAGAUAUUUAUUUUAAAUGUUUGAAAUCUACGAUGACUGUGGCUAAUAGACUAUGACGCUAGCACAUUGUUUAAGAACAUCCAAAUAAUGUUUGAAAAUUUUUAUUUGUAAUAAAUAUGAUUUUCCUAAAA